UUCACGAUGGGCAUUUGUUGAGAUAUGCCACACAGCCAACGUCAUGUCAGCCAGGCAGCUCAGCAGGGGAUAAUGGUAUUUAGAUGUCCUGUAAGCACGUGGAUCCUCUCAGUCAGCAACAUUAAUGGGGCCAUGAGGCAUUGUGCUCAUGUCCUCCAUGCUUAGGUAAAGGGGGUAUUAUACAGCCGUAAUGCUGGCUGGUCUGAGCGCUCUGUCUGCUGUGUAGUCUGGGGGUAUCAACAUGGGGAGCACCAGCAAGGUCGUCAACUUGUGGAACAGGAGACAGAGUCUCUUCCCCAACUACAAAGUCACUGAUUCAGACAUUAAUCGAAGACCUUCUGAGAUUGCUUAUCCACUAGCCAAGGAAAGCUCCGUGAAGACAUGGAACUCCAUGCAGGAGCUGAGCAGGGACAUCUAUGACAUUUAUGCCGAGUAUGAGGAUGAAGAGGAUGACAAUGCUCCGUACGGCUUCUCCAAGCAGACUUCACCCUCCAAGAAGAACUACAUGAUCAACAUUAAUGUAGGAGGGAAGCCCUACCAGAUAGCCUACAAGAUGGCUGCAAAGUAUCCCAAGACCAGAAUAGGACGACUGGCCACCUACACGGACCACAACAUGAAGCUGGAUCUGUGCGAUGACUACAUUGUGACCAACAAUGAGUACUUCUUUGACAGGGACCCAGAUGUCUUCCACAACAUCUUCAACUUCUACAGGACUGGUGUGCUGUGGAUCAAAGAUGAGUUGUGUCCCCGCAACUUCCUGGAGGAGAUCAACUACUGGGGCGUGAGGAUCAAGAACACCCACCGCUGCUGCCGCAUCUCCUUCGAGGAGAGGCAGGACGAGCUGAACGACCAGCUGAAGAUCCAGAGGGAGCUGGAGGCAGAGGUGGAGAUCGAGGAGAAUGAGGAGCUCUUUCAAGACAUGUUCAUGGGCCAUAAGCGCAGAGCUAUCUGGAACUUGAUGGAGAAGCCGUUUUCGUCUAUCGAGGCCAAGCUGAUGGCAGUGGCCUCCAGCCUGUUUGUACUGGUCUCUCUGGUGGCCAUGACUCUCAACACAGUGGAGGAGAUGCAAUACAGGACUCCUACAGGUCAGCUCAGCGGUAAGACAUACUGGGAAUAUGUGGAAUCUAUGUGCAUCGCCUUCUUCACCAUGGAGUACCUGCUCCGUCUGGUCUCCACUCCUGACCUCAAAUCCUUCAGCAGGAGUGUACUCAACACUGUGGAUCUGAUCGCCAUCCUGCCUCAGUAUGUGCAGGCCAUCCUGGAGUUCUUUGAUAAUGAGGAGAACUACAUGAAGCACGAGGCCGACAUGCAGGCGGUGGGGCAGGUGGGGAAGCUGGGUCAAGUGUUGCGGAUCAUGAGGCUGAUGCGAAUCUUUCGUAUCUUGAAGCUGGCGCGACACUCCACAGGUCUGCGGGCGUUUGGCUUCACCCUGCGUCAGUGCUACCAGCAAGUGGGCUGCCUCUUCCUCUUCAUCGCCAUGGGCAUUUUUAGCUUCUCCGCCAUGGUUUACACUGUGGAGCAUGACAUGCCACAAACAAACUUCACCAGCAUUCCUCAUGCAUGGUGGUGGGCAGCUGUCAGCAUCUCCACUGUGGGCUAUGGAGACGUCUACCCAGAGACCAUACUGGGUCGCCUUUUCGCUUUCAUCUGCAUCUCUUUUGGAAUCAUCCUCAACGGUCUGCCCAUAUCCAUCCUCUUCAACAAGUUCUCCGACUAUUACUCUAAACUCAAGUCCAAUCAAUACACAGCCACUCCGAAGAAACGAGGGAAGGUGAGAUUUUCUGAGAGGACAGUGAAAAGGAUCAACCACUGCUUUGGAAACAACCAUUGUCCCGCACACUGAUUUAUGUGACUUUUUUUUUUAUAAAGAAAUAAUAUGCUUGACUCUAAAACUGUGCAAAAAAAAUGUAAUGUGAUGGGGACGAAUAAAUGGGACAGGGACAAAAGACGAGGGUUCAAUUACCAGUAGUGGCACAUCUUGCCGUGUGUUCCAGUAAAUUGGCAGCUUUUGUGGUUGGGAAGCCAGUGAGGUAUCACACAAGCACAUGGCUAUCUAUGCCCUCUCCAAGCGAGUUAGCAGUGAAAAGAACCACAGUUGAGGGGGUAAAUUUUCCAUACCAUAUGGGGAGAACAAGGAGGAGAAAAUUAAGCAGUAUGACUGACUGAUCUCUUAAAAUAUUUGCUUUUGUAUACAGAUAACCAUAUUUUUGCUACUAAAUAGUCAGAAGCAUAAAAAACAUUCUAUAUACAGUAUGACAGACUUUUAAAAAUAAAUACAAAAAUGAGAAAUACAAAAAAAAGAAAAAAAUAUCCACAGGUAGUUUAGCCUCUUUAUUAACAUAUCAUAACUCUAUAUAUCAUAUCUAGGCCUAUAUUAUCAUAUAGACCAAUUAUACAAAACAGGGUUUGUUUUCAAUUAUAAUUCUUAAAACUCUUCAACCACAUCCUCUGGUCCAGUCUAUCAAUACAAGCAUUCUUCAAACCCACACAACAAAAGAUCUGAAAGAUUUACAAAUAUACUGUAUCAAAUAUGUCAGGAAGAAUUUGGGGGAAACAUGUAUAAAAUGAUGCACAACAUCUACAAUAUUUCCAUUUGAUGUAAUGGUGCAGCUGCACAAAUAUGGCACCUUAGGUUUGAAUAAAUGUCUCUCAAAAUAAUUAUCACGUGGCCUCAUUGAAGUUGGAACAAGUAUAUGAGGAAUAUGCUUACAAUGUGGGAAGAUGUUUUUGUAACUUAAAAUCAAAUUAAAAUGUAUGAUUUAAAAUAAAUAAAUAAAUGUUUUAAAAGCAGUCCUGCUGAAUCAGAUUCAUACAGUGAAAAUGUGUAUAACUGUCAAACACCUACUGUUUUGUUGAAGAGGUCAAACUUGCUGGUUUGGUCUGGGGCACUAAAGAAUUAAUGAAAAAGCUUUUAUCAUCACCAUAGCAGCUCACAGGGAAUUAACCUUUUUGUUUAUCUACAACAUAACGCUAUGCCCCACUGACUAUGGAAGAAUGUACUUUUCAGAGACAGCUUAACCAGGGAUCAGCAUAGAUCUGAGCAACAAAUAUUAGUUGCUUUCUAAUUGCAGCUGUAAUGUUGUAAAUCUGUGUGCUCACACAGGAAAUGUGCCGGUGCUUGCAAACUCUGGUGCUGCUUUUCAUGUGUUUCCAAUGUUCAGUAGUUUUGCUCACAAAGUAUGCAGUAUGAUUUACUUUCAGUGUGAUGCAGUCUGAUACUCUGUUUUCAAUAAACACUGUACUGUCCAUGAAA